AUGUUUUCAUACGUUCUCGCUCUCAUUGCCAUGCUGGCAUUCGGGCCUUUUGCUUCAGCUCGAUGGGUUCCCCGAGCCGGUCUUACAGCUCUCAAUCACUCAGGCGUCGACAUUGGCCUGUCUAGUGAACUUCCGACCCCGGCCAUUGCAAGGGAUCAAACCAAAACACUCUCAACUUGCACCCCUUCCCAGUCGUUCGAGCUAUUUCUCUGUGAUUCUACCUUCCCCAACAGUUUCUGCUCCUUUCAACAUAGCGGAGUUUCGGGCAAAGCGGCUGCGAACGAUGCCGCACCCGACAGAGUAUCCCAGCCUGCGAAAGGACACUGGGCAGAACCAAGCAACUAUGAGGAUGGCAGCAAAACGAAGUUCAUGCGUGGGGAGGUUGCCUUGGCCGUUAAGCAGGGCAGAUUUGUCGAGCUGCGCCACCCGGACUUCAACGCCGAUAAUGAGGCGAUCAGUACAUCUUCCUACGCAAUCAAGUUCGAGAGUGAACCAAUCGACAUGGCCGUGACAGGCUUGCAUGGUUGCACAUCGGUCGUCAUUGUCUCUCGGCGCGGUGCCUUAGCAUUUCACAUCUGGGAAAUCCCUUCCAUGAGAGGAAGGAGAUUCAGCAUCGAUCCUCCCAUCUAUGAGCAUCAAACAGAGGCAGAUAACCGGUUCGAAAGAGAUGUCCUAGAUGGAAUUCAUGCUGGAGAAGGUUGGAACUCUCCCCACAAGGGUGGUAUUGACAACAUGCGCAACGACGAGAGCCCUGAUUCUAGCCUCGAAAAAUUCAGGAACAUAUUCAACGACGACGCAAACCCGAAGGCAAUCAUUCUCACGCCCGUCAGUUACAACAAGGAUAGUUCUGACGUCUUCGAGUACCAAGCAAGAAUCAACCAACUGACAGAUGAAAUCACUCAAAUAUUUCAAGGUUAUGCCUUGAAGCUCGAAGUCCUUGGGUAUAGAAAGGCAACACACAAACAGCUGCAUGACGGGGCAACCUUGGCAGAUCCAAGUUUUGCCAGCCAUAUGGGGAAGAUUCUUGUGCAGUACCAGGCACCUCACCCCGCAGAGAGUAGUAAGAAUGCGAAAUACCGAAUCUGGGUCGAGGGCGAGGCACUUGAGGGAGAUUGGGCCACUGAAUGGACUCCUCAGUAA